AUGUCUUCAUCAUCAAAAUCAUCUCAACAAUCUCUAAACACAUUGCCCUUUUCAUCCAAUGGCCAACAGACAACCCGAUUCGUUAUCGUCUCAAAAGUUUCGUUGGGUUACGAUGAAAAAACAUUAUUGCACAGCUUAGGACAUACUUAUGUAGGUGUCGAACGCGUGUCUCGACUUUAUGAUCAAGAUGAAAACCCGACUGAUGAAAUCCGAGUCGAUUUCAAAACAGACAAAGAAACUAUGAAGAUUCUUCAGGCACAGUAUAUUUUUAUCGAUGGAAAAAAGUAUCCCGCUCACAAAUAUCAGCCACUGGUCUGCCAUCGAUGUCAAAAAGAAGGACACUACGCUUCUCAAUGUCCUCGAAAACCUUUAACAGAAGAGAGGUUUCAUGAAUUGUUAGAAAUGCAAAAGAAGCAAUUGCAAAACAUGAUGGAUAGUUUUGAAGCAAAAUGGAAUGCACGUUUAUCGGAAUUGAAUGGUUCUUCGACAGGCACCAAUCUACAAUCAAUAGUACCGAUUUGUAAAGAUCUUACUACAUUUUGUCAACAAUUUAAUCAGCAAAAUAUUCAAAUGCAACGACAACUCGGAUCGAUUGUCAACCGAGUGCAAAAUAUGCAAACUAAUUCGAAUAUUCAACCAGUCCAGUCAAAAUAA